CUUAAGAUCAGGUUGUGUCCUCUACUGUUUCUUGCUCCUCGGUUAAGUGAAGGCAUCAUCUUGGUUGGUUUUUCUCAGGAUCUUUUGAGACUCAGCAGCUGCUCUGACGAAACAUCCCUUGUGUAAAACCCCAGCUCCUGCACCAUGUACCAGUCUGGCUUUGUGCCACGGGAGUACUACCCAGCCAUGAUCCCACCUUCUGCCUAUGCCUACCCACCGCUGCGGGCUGGGAGAGCAGAAGACAUGACCAGCCCUGUGAUGUUCCCUCCCAUCCACAUGCACAACUUCUACAGCCGACCCAUCACCUUUGUGGUGGACCGGAACAGCCACCCUGACUAUGAGGGGGGUCAGGUGGAGUAUCACCACCUCUAUGGUGCCUCCAGUCCCUACUUCCGUCCAUACUACACCUGGCACUUCCCUCCCAUGGUCCCCGUCCCUCUCUACCAUCCCUAUGCAAACUACAAUCCGUAUGCUGCCUACCAGAGGUCAGACCAGUAUCGAGACACAUGGCCAGAAGGCUUCACAAUGAGAGGGGAGCUUCAAUGGGGGAAGCUCGGAAAGGUGUUUGGACCAAGGAAAGAUCUCCCAGCAUUUGUGAAGGAUGAUCUCCGGAGGGUUUACGGCACCUACCCACGUACCAGCGUCUCCAUAACCUACAGGAAAGGGGAGUUCUUAGUGAAGGGAGACCCCAAGAUAGGAGAGCAGGAAUAUGCAGUGGAAAAGAAAGUUAUCCAGCAGGCUGUGACCCCCAGUGCCAGUGAGGCAGAUGACAGCAGCGAGGACCGGAACCGUAAGAAGAAAAAGAAACUGAGACAUUGAUGUAGUCUGUCACCCGCCAGACAGAUGCUCCAGAGCCCUUGUGGGAACCAGUUGGCAGCUGUUCUUGGUGCAGCUGGCAAGUAGCACAAGCAAUGAAUGCCACCACCCCUGUUGGCUUUUAACUGCUCCCCAUCCUUCACAAGCUUAUGGCAACUUUACCCUGUUUGCACAGUGCCUGCCCUGUGAAGAAACCACGUGGCACUCGGCUGUCAGAUCAGCUCUUUGGUUCUGCCUUUGAAAUGACUGUUUGAUUUCCACUUGUUGGUUGUGUGGUCACAGUCUGGUGGGGGGUCUGCAGAAAGCAGCCCUUGAAUAGAAAACAUUGGCCUCUUCCUACUCUGUCCAAGGGAAGGUCCUGGAAGCUGGCCCCCUUCCUGGCACUCAGUAAGGAGAUCAGAGCAGGAUUUCCUCCAGGCUGGGGGCAGUGCAGGUCCCAGUGGAGAGAGGGGUUCUCCAACACUGUAAAGGGCAAAUAUUUGCAUGUCUUGUCACUGCUGUUUAUGACCAUUCCAUUGUGCUUAAUCACCGUGUGAUGCCUGUAUGCAGCACUUCUGUACACGCUGGCAGAAGAUCCUGGUGUCCCCAUCCUCUUACGUUUGGUAACCUGGUGCUCAGUUCUCCUGGCCACAUGUCCUUGUCAAAAUCACUGCUGAGGGCCCUCCUCUGGGUCCCACUCAGCUCUGGUUGGAGAUGCUGGCUCUCCAGCGAGGUUACUGGAGUUGUGAACCCCAGCACUUCCACACCUUGGUCUCUUGGAAGGGUGGACUUUGGAGUUGUGCUGGAAGCCUGGAGGGCUGUGAGGGGCUGGGUCUGACUUGCUUGUAACCUUCUGUACCUUUUAAAUGAUUAUAAAGAAUAAAAAAAUCUCAAA